UCUGCCUCCGAAUCUACAGACAGAGAUGUCCAGCCUCCAAGAGCUGUGCUCCGGCCUGCCCCUGCAGCCCCUCCCCGAGAACCGGGGCCGCCGGCCAGGGGUGCCUCACGCCCCAGUCAGGACCCCCGGGCUCAGCCCUGAGGAGGAACAGCUGGCGCUGCGGAACGCCCUGCGCUACUUCCCCCCCAGUGCCCAGGAGCUGCUGGCCCCCGAGUUCGCCCAGGAGCUGCGCCUGUACGGACACAUCUACAUGUACCGGCUCUGCCCCAGCAUGGAGAUGAAGGCCUACCCCAUCGACCAGUACCCCUGCCGGACCAAGGCCGCGGCUGCCAUCAUGCACAUGAUCAUGAACAACUUGGACCCUGCCGUGGCCCAGUUUCCACAGGAACUCGUGACCUAUGGAGGAAACGGGCAGGUAUUCAGCAACUGGGCUCAGUUCUGGCUCACCAUGUCCUACUUGUCGAAAAUGACAGAGGAACAAACCCUAGUCAUGUACAGUGGACACCCACUGGGCCUCUUCCCCAGCAGCCCUGGCGCCCCGAGGCUGGUCAUCACCAACGGCAUGGUCAUUCCCAACUACUCCUCCAGGACAGAAUACGAGAAACUCUUUGCCCUGGGCGUCACCAUGUACGGGCAGAUGACGGCGGGCAGCUACUGCUACAUCGGCCCCCAGGGGAUCGUCCACGGCACCGUGCUCACAGUGCUGAACGCCGGGCGUCGGUACCUGGGGGUGGAGGACUUGGCUGGCAAGGUCUUCGUCACCUCCGGCCUCGGCGGAAUGAGUGGCGCGCAAGCCAAAGCGGCCGUCAUUGUGGGCUGCAUCGGGGUGAUAGCAGAGGUUGACAAAGCUGCGCUUGUAAAACGCCACCAGCAGGGCUGGCUGAUGGAAGUGACGGACAGCCUGGACCACUGCAUUGCCAGGCUCAGGGUAGCAAGAAAAAACAAGGAGGUUCUGAGCCUUGGCUACCAUGGCAACGUAGUGGAUCUCUGGGAGCGGCUGGUCCAUGAACUGGACACGACCGGGGAGCUGCUGGUGGAUCUGGGGUCAGACCAGACAUCCUGUCACAACCCGUUCAACGGCGGCUACUACCCCGUGCAGCUCAGCUUCUCAGAGGCCCAGAGCCUCAUGGCCUCCAACCCGGCUGCCUUCAAGCGCCUGGUGCAGGAGAGCCUGAGGAGGCACGUGGACGCCAUCAACAGGCUGGCCAGGGAGAAGCUCUUCUUUUGGGACUACGGCAACGCCUUCCUCUUGGAGGCACAGAGAGCAGGAGCGGACGUGGAGAAGAAGGGCGCCGGCAAGAUGGAGUUCCGCUACCCGUCCUACGUCCAGCACAUCAUGGGGGACAUAUUCUCCCAGGGGUUCGGGCCUUUCCGCUGGGUGUGCACGUCGGGAGACCCCCAAGACCUGGCCGUCACCGACCAGCUGGCCACUUCUGUGCUGGAGAGGGUCAUCGCGGAUGGAGUGAAGGAGUCUGUGAAGCUGCAGUACCUGGACAACAUCCGCUGGAUCCGAGAGGCUGCCAAGCACCAGCUGGUGGUGGGCUCCCAGGCCAGGAUCUUGUACUCAGACCAGAAAGGCCGCAUAGCCAUUGCUGUGGCCAUUAACCAGGCCAUCGCCAGUGGGGCGAUCAAGGCGCCGGUUGUCCUGAGCCGCGACCAUCACGACGUGAGCGGCACUGACAGCCCCUUCCGGGAGACCUCCAAUAUCCACGACGGCUCUGCCUUCUGCGCAGACAUGGCUGUGCAGAACUUCGUGGGAGAUGCCUGUCGAGGAGCCACCUGGGUGGCACUUCACAAUGGAGGAGGUGUGGGCUGGGGUGAGGUGAUCAACGGGGGAUUUGGCCUGGUGCUGGACGGGACCCCUGAGGCCGAGGAGAAAGCCCGGAUGAUGCUCAGCUGGGACGUCUCCAAUGGCGUGGCCCGUCGCUGCUGGUCUGGGAACUCAAAGGCCUAUGACAUCAUCUGUCAGACCAUGAGGGAGAACAGCCGUUUGGUGGUGACUCUCCCGCACCAGGUGGCCGAUGAGCACCUGCUCCAGCGGGCCCUGCAGCCGUGAGAGGAAGCGGGUCCUCCCCUCCCUCCUCCUCGCCCCUCUCCCCUCAGCCAUCCUCAGCCUGCUAGCUACAGCACACCUCUGGC